AUGUCUUCGAGACAGUGGUUGUCAUCGACGGCCGCAUCAGUGGAUGGUUUGCCUAAACUAAUAGUUCCCGAGUUUAACAAAACCAUUGAUAGACUGAAAGUGUCGACCAAACCAUUCGCAAGAAGUGGUGAAGAAUUGCAUAAUUUAUACCAAAUUAUAGAUGACUUCUCCCGAAGUGAUGGCAUCGGACCCAAACUCCACAGUCUUCUGGAGCACAAGUCAUCGCAAACUAAUAACUGGUUGUCUCACGACUGGUGGAUCAAUAAGGCAUACCUGGAGGGUAGGGAUUCAGUGAUGAUUUGGUCCAAUCCUGGACUCGUAUUCCCAGAUCUGAAGACAUUGACGAGGACUGCGAACAAGGAAUUUGUGGUUCAAUUCAUUUCUCGACUCAUUCUCAGUGUCAUUGACUUUAGAAAUGCAUUGAAAAGUGGAGUCAAUCCAGAACUGUCACCAAAAUCUGGGUCCAAACCGGUGCCUAAGGUGUGUAUGGAUCAGUACACUAAGAUCUUCGGCACUUGUCGUAUGCCUGGAAAUCCUGUCGACACAAUCAGAUUCGGUUCACUCGAAAGCAGUGAUAUCUCUAUAAUAAUCAGUCGAUUGAAUCGAUUCUAUAAAUUAUCUCUAAAUGAAAGCACUGACAAAGAGGUGAUGUUAUGGCAGAUCCAGUCCUCAGUGAAUCACAUCUUAUCUCAAAGUCCGUCCGAAACGAACCUAUCAUUCGGCAGUUUCUCAGCUCUGCCUCGAAAUGACUUUUCAACUGUUUUUCGGUUAUUGAAUGACAACUCUUUGAAUGAAAUAAUUGAGAGUCAAUUCGUUGUGAACAUCGAUCACAUCGACUGCUCUAAUGACACGUUUAAAGAUAAUGAAUCCUAUUAUAAAGUUAUGGGCAAACAGUCGCUUCACGCAGACAUUGAGAAUAUUGGGAACCGUUGGUUCGAUAAGACUAUUCAACUACUGAUUGUGACCAAUAAAAGUGGUGAUCAGUUGAUUGGUUCAGCGUUUUGUUACGAACACACGCCGGCCGAAGGGGGGACUAUAGUUAAGCUGAUGGAGCACUCAAUCAAACACUUAAUGUCCGAUAAAACUAUGUCUUCGAAGAAUCAGAUGACUGCAGAUCUUAAAGAACUAACUCUCGCCACGAAUGAUACUUACGAUAAAUUAAAGGCAUCCGAAGAGUUCUCUAAACAAAAAUAUUUGGAUUUUGUUAAUUCACUUGACUUAGAAAUUCUUGAGUUUAAAGAUUACGGCAAAGAAUUUAUUAAAAAUGUCAAAUGCAGUCCAGAUUCUUGGAUUCAAUUGGCUAUUGCUCUGACCUACUAUAGACUUCAUGGCAAAGUAGGGGCAACCUAUGAAUCAGGCGGGACUCGGAUGUAUUCAUUUGGAAGGACUGAGACUAUUAGGAGUGUUACUCAAGAAUUCGUAGAUUUUUUCAAAACCCCAAACUUUCAGACUUUGAUGAAUGCAAUUGAAAGUCACAAAAAUGUUGCUAAGAAUGCAGUCAGUGGUCAUGGCAUUGAUCGCAUCCUUUUGGGUUAUAAUUGUGUCGCACAAGAAGUAAAGAGUGGUGAAUGGAAGUGGGGUUUGUCUCAACAUGUCAUUGAUAAUCCACUCAAUGAAUCAGACUAUCAAACGCUACAAACUCUAUACUCUAACGAAUUGUAUGUGAGAUCAAAGCACUUCCAUAUGUCGACCUCACAGGUGGCCUCUAUAUCUCCCGACUCUUUCAUGUGUUACGGACCUCUUGUAUUGGCAGCCAAUCUAAACUUUAAGUCUUCAGUUAAGACUCAAUUAUGCCAUAACACAAUCGUUGUACUGAUUGUCGUGUCUGUCGGGUAUUCCUCCACACUGUCAUCGAUGGCACUGAAUCCCAAUUACGAGCAAAUCGGCAAAACCUUUGUCCAGCAGUACUACCAACUGAUGGACGACUCGACCCAACGGCCAAAUGUGGCCAACUUCUACACCGAACAAAAGUCUUUGAUGUCUUUCGAAGGCCAGCAAAUGAUGGGCCGAACGAAGAUCAUGGAGAAGAUCCAGAGCCUGACGUUCCAGAAGAUCCAACACAUAAUAACGGCGAUCGACGCGCAGCCGACCUUCGAUGGCGGCGUUCUGGUGGCCGUCUUGGGACAGCUCAAGACAGACGACGAUCCGCCGCAUACUUUCAAUCAGGUCUUCGUCCUCAAGCCCGCCAACGAUAGCUUUUAUGUCGAACACGACUGCUUCCGAUUAGCUCUUCACGUCUAACCACCGAUCAGUUCAAUGACAUCUCAAUUCAAUUGCAUUCAGAGUUAGUCUUCAAACUCCGGAUCCUUACUAUCGAUUCAAAUCCGUGUGUUUGUCAUCAAUCAGUAAAUAAUUUUCAAUACUUUUAAAUUCAAUAUUUUAGUCUUCAUUUGAAAGACACAUUAAUUAAUAAAAAAAAAGAAAUCGUUUUAAUUAUUGGCUUCAAAUUAAA